AUGACAUUACUGCUCCCAGUUAUAACUUACGGAGCGGAAACAUGGCCACUACGGAAAUAUGAUGAAAGAAAGCUGAUAGUAUGGGAAAGAAAAGUUCUAAGGAAGAUUUAUGGCCCGAUGAAAGAUAGCAGUAGCAAUGAGUGGAGGAUAAGAACGAAUAAUGAACUAGUACUACUUUUACAGAAGCCAAAUAUACUAGACACAAUAAGAAGUAGAAGACUAAAGUGGGCUGGUCAUGCUUGGCGUAGUCAGAACCCCUUGCUAAGUAUAGUGUUAGAGAAAGAUCCAGUUGGGAAGAGACCUCUGGGAAGACCUCGUAUGAGAUGGGAAGAUCUGGUUGAAAAAGAUGUAAGUACCUUAGGUGGAGGAUCAGAUUGGGAAGCACAAGCAUCCGACAGAGACGGCUGGAUGGAGGGAUGUUUAACAGGAUGGUCCUAG